AUGAGUCACAUUGCGUCGGCGCAUAAGUUAGGUUAUGUGUGUCAGAACUGUCAAAACCAAGAACUGUCAGUAUUUUGUAUAUUAAUUAAAUUUACAUUGAAUAAAAACAAAAUUAAACACACAAACAUGGAUCCUUUGGAUAUCCUAGAAAAACGUAUUACAGCUCUGGAACUGCAAGUAUUACCGAAAAAUGGCGAAAUUAAUAGCGCACAAGCUAUUACAGAACUAUUACUACAAACCCACAACAUGUUAACAUCGGCUUUGAGCUGCAGAGAGGCUAUAUCAUCCAUAUUACAACACUUAUCGACAAUUAACAACUACCUGGACCCAAACAACGGAGAAACAGAACUUGAAACUGAAGCUAAGCGACAAUAUCUACUCGAAUGCUACCCUGAGAUAAAAGAAACAGUGCAAGCUAUAGCCACAAUAGGAAGUCUAACCUCAUUCACUGACUCGGCAAAUAUCAAAAAAGUUACUGAACUGUCUCAAAAACUGGAAGAAUUAUCAGUCUCAAACCUUGGCAUCUACGAAGAGAGCAGAAAAUGCACAGAAAACGUUGUGAGAACCCUACAGGAGUACAAUGAUAUUACUUCCUCGAUUAAAAUGUUAUUCGCACAACUUGAUAGGGCUAUGACAGAUAUAGAGCUAUCAUUAAUACCAAAAAUGAAAUUAGAAGAAUAA